AUGGCUUCUCAAGCGCCCACACAGCCGCGCCCGUACAAUGGCCAAGGCUACCUGCCCAACGGCGGAGCGCCCUCUGGACCCGUGCCUGGCGCGCAGCCGCUCCUCCCCAACCAAGGACGAGUGAUACAAUCGGGCAGCGCGAGAGUUCUCUGCAUCGCCGACGUGCGAGGAAAUCUUCAGUCACUCAACCAGCUCGCCGCCGACGCACGGGCAAACUACAUCAUCCAUACUGGCGAUUUCGGCUUCUACGAUGAGCGCUCGCUUGACCGCAUCGCUGAAAAGACCCUCAAGCACGUCGCCCAGUAUUCACCUCUCCUCUCCGACCAGCAGAAGCGAUCCAUCGCCACCGCUCCCCCGCAACCGCUUAUCAAGGAACGCUUUGCACGUGAAAAGCUGCCUCUGUCCGAGCUCCCACUCUUCCUAAAUAAGACCUACACACUACAGGUGCCCGUCUAUACAGUAUGGGGAGCCUGCGAGGACGUCCAGGUUCUGGAGAAGCUCCGGUCCGGCGAAUACAAAAUCGACAACCUGCACAUAAUCGAUGAGGGCCACUCUCGGUUGCUCGAUGUUGGUGGCAUUAAGCUGCGACUAUUGGGACUCGGAGGUGCCGUGGUCAUGCACAAGCUGUUCGACAAUGGCGAGGGCAGGACUACAAUUGCUGGCGGUCAAGGAACUAUGUGGACAACACUACUCCAGAUGGGCGAACUUGUGGACACUGCGCAUCGUGUCUACGAUCCCACCGAAACCCGAAUCUUCGUUACACACGCCUCACCAGCUCGUGAGGGACUGCUGAACCAGCUCUCCGUCACCCUGAAAGCCGACUUCUCGAUAUCUGCUGGUCUCCAUUUCAGGUAUGGUAGCUCGUACAACGAGUUCAGCGUCAACCCAACCCUCGAUCACUACCGUGGCAAGCUCGCAGCCUCCAAGGCGUCGUUCAACGAUGUCUGGGACACGGUCAAGGCAGAGGUUGAGCCGGCCGUUGCGGACAGCGAGGCACAGCAGAGAAUGCUCAACCUUGCACUCGACAUCGUAAAUAAGAUGCCCACUAUUGCCAAUGGUGGAAACCCAUUCGGAGGCCCAACCCCAGGUCCCGCGAGUGGCCAGGUCGAUGAAAGUGCGUUCAAGAACAUGUGGAACUUCAAUCUUGCGGAUGCAGCGUAUGGCUGGCUGGUUCUGGACGUUGACAACGGCAGAAUUGGGACUGAGAUGAGAGCCCAAGGAUUCAACUUCGCUCAUCGUGGCGGAAAGGCGGCUGCCUCUCAAUCUGGCCAAGGUGCACCAAUUGCCCCUUCAACGAGCACCGGGGCUCCGACCGGCGGCAAUCUUCCCAACCCCUCUAGCCAACCUUCGCCAGCUCAGAUCCGGACCCCCAAUAUUCCACCACAACAAAACCGCCAGCAGGCUGCGCCCACACCGCCAGCGCAACAGAUCAAGCCUGCAUCUCAGCCAGCCCGUACGGGACCCUCUCCAGCCCCUGCGACUCCCAAGGACCCGAUCAAGCCGGCUACGCCCCAGCCUCCUACGUCUACCGGAGGACACGCUCCGGCUAAUGCUGGCGCAGAGAAGGCAAUUCCAAGCGAGGUGAAGCCGAAUGGAACUGCUGCUCCCGAAAAGGGCCCAGAAUCACCCGCUCCAAAGAAUGACUCUCCCGCUCCACAGAAGGAGAGCAAGGCGUUGUUCAUCGUCAACGUCAAAGAUGAAGAAGAGGCGAAGAACCUGCUUGCCGACGAGGACAAGCCAAAAGUGGAGAGGAUUGAGAAGCAGAAGCACUUCUUCAUCGCCCACUUCGCUAACAAUGGCGAAAUGCAGGGCGCGCUGAACCGCAUUUCCCAGGAGUUCAAGGGAAGCAAGCAGGAGAGCAAGCCCGGAGUGCCCAGCGUGAAGAUCUACAGAGAUCCCUCGAACCCCAGCCGCUUUGGAGCUGGCAGCUGGCAAAGCAGCAGCAGGGGUGGCAUUCAGAGUGGCGGAUACCGCAGUGGCGGUGCCAGCGACAGUGAAGGAGGCCGUGGUGGACGCGGACGAGGCCGUGGCAACUUUGGAGGCGAUCGUGGUGGCAGCCAGCGAGGCCGUGGACGAGGCCGCGGCGGAUUCGGCAGAGGCGGUCAGGGCGAGGGUGCUGCUGCAGCGACCGGCGGAGAGUCGUGA